UGGAUAGGAUUCCCGAGAUUCCCAUCGGAGAAGCCACGAGACGGCAGGGAUCCUCGCUCCGAAAAGUAGACCAAAGAUACUGAAUAAACUCCCGGCAGAAAAUGGGCUGACACGGAACCGAAAUUCCUGGUCAGAGACGGGGGGAGAAGAGAAGAGAAGAACAGGGGCUAAAAUCCAAUCCUCCGGCGCUGUCAGCCAGCCAAGAGGGAGUAGAGUAGCCAAGCAAGCGAGACAGCUCCCGCCGCGAUCCCCUGCAGUUCCGCUCGGUCUCCCCUCUCCCUCAUUUCGUUUAUUAGGGGUUCGGUUCUUGGUUUGAGUCGCAUACAAGCUAGCUAGUAGAUCGCUGUGAGGAAUCUCGUCGCCGGCAGCAGGGAGGUCCGGUCAGAUCAUCAGAGGAGGAGCUCUUCGUCGCCGUCGCCGUCGCCGUUGCUGAAGCCUCGUGCCCUUGGCUUGAGUCUUGUUGAUCUCGUGGGGCUCGCUCGUCCCAGCUCUCCACUUCUUGCUGAGCACUCUUGACAUGCAAGAGUGAUGGCGGCGGCUGAAGCGAGAGCUGCCUGGCAACGGGCCGGGAACCGCUGCUUAUUUCAGGAGGACGCAAAGAGAGCUCCGAAACUGGCCUGCUGUCCGCAGUCAGUGCAGCAGCACGAAACAAACAGUGGGAACCCCACGAAUCCGCAAGAAUGCCAUAUCCCAAACUUCAUGCAUUUGAAUUGGAACCCAAUGAACUCCAAUCAGCCGAUAGAUACGUGGUUUCUUCAGUUGCAGCCCAACUUCGGGUGCCAGAAGGCGCUUGCCGGUGAACAUCUCAACUAUAUGGGCGGGGAAGUCCUUGCGAAGAAAGCGGACAGUUUCUCGCCUGUGUCUACGCUCGAGGACAUCGACGCGAAGAAGAACGAGUACCCUUUUGAGCCGCCGUGGAUGGUUUCGACAGCUUUUAUGAAGCAGACAUCUGAAACAGCCUCUGAAGAGUUCAAGACUGUUUCUGGGAGUCUCAAGUGCAGAGGAAGUUCCAUUAACUUCCUUCAUGAGGAUAAAGAGUUUAUGGAGUUCAAAACUUUCGAUCCUUUGUUCCCGAAGAAACCACAGAAGACACGCUAUGAGAUGGACCCACCUUGGGAAGAAGACAGGAAGUCUUAUCCGUGGUGGCAAGUAGCUGAUGAGGAUGGGUUGGCUUCGCUUGUUGCGGAGAGAGCAAUGCAGCACAUUGAGAACAAUGAUCUUCCAAAACCCACUCAGAUAGUCCGUGUUCACGGGCCGAACUUGAACAGCCAUGAAACCAAGGAUGGCUGUGGGAAUUCGUUGUCUUCUGGUAAUGAGUCGCAACCUGAACUAUACGACACCAUAAUGUGCAGCUAUAGCAUUUCAAGCACCAAUGAGACAAACUCAUCUGAUGGUGGAUCUUGGCAACGAUCUCAGAAAAACAAUUUACCUGGGGGUGCACAAGAUUCAUACAGUACUGAUGACCAUGUACCAAGCAGCAAGCCAACAUAUCAGAAUCAGAAAGCCGCUGAGAGGGCCCAGCUAUUGGAUGCUCUCCGCCAUUCACAGACACGGGCUAGGGAAGCCGAGAUGGCUGCCAAGAAUGCUCACGAUGAGAAAGACCAUGUCAUCAAACUAUUGUUUCGUCAGGCCUCCCAUCUCUUUGCGUGUAAGCAGUGGCUGAAAAUGCUGCAGCUGGAAAACAUAUGCCUCCAGCUCAGGCUCAAAGAGAACCAGAUAGCAGCUAUGUUCCCGGAACUUCCCUGGGGGAUGAUGAAGGAGAAGGCAACGCCAGAAGAGGAACGGAAGGACAGAUCAAGGAAGAAAGGCAGGAGGCAGAAAAAGGAAGGUGGAUUCCGGAAAGCCAUCAUGUUCGCGGUUGGCGUCGGCAUUGUCGGCGCCGGAUUGCUUCUUGGCUGGACUCUUGGGUGGCUGCUGCCCAGGCUGUGAGUUCAUUUACUAGUUUGUGAUUCCACGAAUAGGUGGUAGGUAAAGCUCCAGCUAUGUGCUUCAUGAAGUGGGAGAGUGGAAUGAUUGAAUUCUUCGAACCGCUCAUACAAGCAUGAUGAUUUGGAGGCCUUGCUGAUGAUAUCUCUCCACGCCUUCGUGUAUAUAUAGGAAGGAUUUGGUGUACAUAUUGCCAGAAUAGUGUAUUUCUGGUGCACCUGCAGGUUCCAUGGGUACUGGGUUGAAUAUGUGAAUAUUGUGCAUAUGGGUCAUGUGGUGGUGGAACUUCAAAAUCAGUCGACUUCAAUGAUGUGUAAACAUGUACUGUAAGCAUGUUUUUUUAGAUUAUGUGUACUGUAAGUAUGUAACUUGGUUUUUUUUUCUUAAUGUAAGAACAGUUAUAUUACUAAGCCUGAUAUUCUUUUACAUAAUGUAUAUUAUAAGUUUGUAACUUGGUUCUUUUCUUAAUGUAAGAGUAACUAUAUUACCAA